CGAUGGUCCCAUCUGUCGAAUCUGUCAUGAAGGUGGAAAUGGGGAGGGACUGCUUUCCCCGUGUGACUGCACAGGAACACUGGGCACCGUGCACAAGAGCUGCCUGGAAAAAUGGUUAUCCUCCUCCAACACAAGUUACUGUGAGCUCUGCCACACAGAAUUUGUUGUAGAGAGAAGACCAAGACCUUUGACAGAG